AUGUCUGUCACUCUAGCGGAGACGCAAUGGCUCGACCAGUUGACGGCCAUGCGGCGGGAGAUAGAGAAGCUGAAUCUACCGAACAACUCAGAACCCGUCCUCUAUGGGUCGGACUUGAACCUAAGUGAUGAUGACUUUUCCUCACAGCCUGAGUCGGUUGACGAUAUCUGGGACAUGAUCAGUGAUAGUGGUGAAAGCGACGAGUUUGACGAUAUCAAUGGUGUCGCCCUACCCGUCGUGUCUGACCAUGAACAGAAGCAAGAAUACGACCGCCGUUGGCUUGCAAAAAAGUGUGAGCCCAUUGCCAGGCUUAGGGGAGGGUUAAGUGCAUCUGGUUUACAACAUCAACUGGAAGCUCUUCUCGCCUCCGAUGCGUCGUCAGACGAACUGCAGAUCGCUUUGGCAGAGAUAGUUGGUUUCGAUGAACUGGAUUUUGUUAUCGAACUGCUAUCUAACCGCCAAUCCAUUCUCGCUGGGCCUUCUGUACCAGAUGCGCCCACAGCAUCUAUAGGACGAUUACAAACUAGGGCGGAGCGAGAAGAGGCCCUCCGCCGUCAGGAUUAUGAGCACAAACACGCUCAACUUGCCCCUAGACAGGAUCGGGAUGGCCCUCAUUACCCUCACGUUUACAAGUCUUACCAGGCCGGGAACACAUUAUCUGUAAAUGGCCGGAAAUACGGAUUACCCGCUGGGACUAUCCACAGAGAGGAACCCUUGUACACCGAAUAUGCCAUACCCGCUUCAAAGGUUGGAACUCUAGGAGCUGGUCACCGGUUGAUCCCAAUAUCAGAGAUGGAUACUCUCUGUAGAGGCACAUUUCCCGGAUACAAGACUUUAAACCGCAUGCAGAGUUUGCUAUAUUCUGUCGCGUACAAAACUAACGAAAACAUGCUCAUAUGUGCACCGACAGGAGCUGGUAAAACGGAUGCUGCCAUGCUUACUAUUCUCAAUGCCAUAGCUCGGCACACCACUCCUAACCCGCUAGAGGAGCCUGAUUCGACCGACUUUGUGGUGCAAGUUGACGAUUUUAAAAUUGUUUAUGUUGCUCCAAUGAAGGCUCUCGCAGCUGAAGUGACGGAGAAAUUAGGCAAACGCCUAGCGUGGCUUGGAAUUCAAGUCAGGGAGCUAACGGGAGAUAUGCAGUUAACAAAGCAGGAGAUCGUGCAAACUCAGAUCAUCGUCACUACUCCUGAGAAAUGGGAUGUAGUCACAAGGAAGAGUACCGGUGACACAGAACUAGUACAUAAAGUUCGACUUUUGAUCAUUGACGAAGUGCAUAUGUUGCAUGAUGAGCGUGGUGCAGUCAUCGAAUCUCUCGUUGCCCGAACUCAACGCCAAGUCGAGAGCACACAAUCCCUGAUCCGGAUUGUCGGACUCUCUGCCACACUUCCAAACUAUCUUGAUGUAGCAGAUUUUCUCAAGGUUAACCGCAUGGCAGGCCUCUUCUUCUUCGAUGCCUCUUUCCGCCCAGUCCCACUCGAACAACAUUUCAUAGGAGUGAAGGGAGAUGCCGGAUCCAAGAAAUCUAGAGACAACCUUGACAAGGUGUCUUUCGACAAAGUGAGGGAAAUGCUUGAGGCGGGCCAUCAGAUCAUGGUGUUUGUCCAUUCUCGAAAGGACACAGUUAACACGGCUCGCCUUUAUGCAAAACUUGCUAUGGAGGAACAGUGCUCUGACUUAUUUUCCCCUCUUGACCACGAAAACUAUUCGCAGGCAUUGAAAGAUCUCAAGGGGACCCGUGCUCGAGAACUGAGGGACCUAGUCCCAAAAGGAAUGGGAACACAUCAUGCUGGUAUGUCGAGAUCGGACCGAAACCUCAUGGAGCGUCUCUUUUCUCAGGGUGUUGUCAAAGUCCUAUGCUGUACAGCUACUCUGGCCUGGGGUGUAAACCUGCCAGCUGCCGCUGUUAUCAUCAAGGGCACCCAGAUAUACAGCGCUCAGGAGGGGAAGUUCAUUGACCUUGGAAUACUGGAUGUCCUUCAAAUAUUUGGUCGAGCUGGCCGGCCCCAAUUCCAAGAUACUGGUAUUGGGUUCAUUUGUACCCCGCAGAAUAAGUUGCAGCAUUACAUCUCUGCGAUCACUUCUCAGGAGCCCAUAGAAUCCAGAUUCUCCCGCAAAUUAGUGGAUAACCUUAACGCUGAAAUUGCAUUAGGGACUGUGACCUCGGUGACUGAAGGUAUCCAAUGGCUCGGUUACUCUUACUUGUUCGUCCGAAUGAGACGGAAUCAUUCGGCCUACGGUAUUGAAUGGAAUGAAAUCCGUGAUGACCCCCAACUUGUUCAACGACGUCGAGAUCUUAUUAUCAAGGCAGCCAGGGUGCUCCAAAAGAGCCAGAUGAUCAUAUUCAACGAAAAUACAGAGGAACUGCGUGCGAAGGAUGUGGGUAGGAUUGCCAGCCAAUAUUAUGUUCUUCAAACUAGCGUGGAAAUCUUUAAUUCCAUGAUGAGCCCCAACGGCAGCGAUGCAGAUGUCAUGAAAAUGAUUAGUAUGAGCGGAGAAUUUGACAAUAUCCAGUCAAGAGAAAACGAAUUCAAAGAGCUAGAUCGGCUCCGCGAGGAAGGCCUGCGAACUGAAGUUGAAGGCGCAAAUGAUACUGCACAUGCAAAGACUAAUAUCCUUCUUCAGUCCUAUAUCUCCAGAGCUAGAAUUGAGGACUUUGCCCUUGUCUCGGAUACAUCGUAUGUUGCACAGAACUCCGCGAGGAUCUGUCGGUCACUCUUCAUGAUUGCGUUAAAUCGACGAUGGGGGUAUCAAUGUCAGGUCCUCUUAUCCACUUGCAAAUCUAUCGAGAAACAGAUUUGGCCAUUUCAGCAUCCUUUCCAUCAAUUCGAUUUACCUCCCACUAUCUUAAAGAACCUCGACGAAAAGUUCCCUGCAUCAUCGAUUGAAUCAAUGAGGGAAAUGGACACUGCAGAGCUUGGCCAGCUCGUGCAUAAUACCCGUAUGGGAGGCACUUUAAAAAAGCUUCUUGAUAACUUUCCAACACUAAGUGUCGAUGUUGAGAUAUCACCCCUAAAUAGAGAUGUACUUCGUAUUCGCCUCUAUCUCUAUGCAGACUUUCAAUGGAAUUCACGACAUCAUGGAACCUCCGAACCGUUCUGGAUAUGGGUCGAAAAUUCUGAGACCGCAGAGAUAUAUCACCAUGAAUAUUUUAUCCUAAAUCGCAGAAAACUUAACGAUAGCCAGGAGUUGAACUUUACUAUCCCGCUGGCGGAUCCCCUGCCAACCCAAAUUUAUGUAAGAGUGAUAUCAGAUAGGUGGCUCGGUGCUGAAACCGUUGCUCCGGUAUCCUUCCAACAUCUUAUUCGUCCAGAUACAGUGAGCGAAUAUACUGAUCUCUUGGAGUUGCAACCUCUACCGAUAUCUGCCCUAAAAAACCCUUCGCUUGAGCAUGUUUAUGGGAAGAGAUUUGAAUAUUUUAACCCAAUGCAGACGCAACUUUUCCAUACACUCUAUCACACAGACAUGAACGUCCUGCUGGGAUCUCCAACUGGAAGUGGAAAGACUGUUGCUGCAGAGUUGGCCAUGUGGCAGAACUUCAAGGACAAGCCAGGAUCUAAAGUUGUGUAUAUUGCUCCCAUGAAAGCACUUGUGCGCGAACGUGUUCAUGACUGGCGAAAUCGCCUUGCCACCCCCUUGGGUUUAAAGCUGGUUGAGUUGACGGGUGAUAAUACCCCCGACACAAGAACUAUUAAGAACGCAGAUAUAAUUAUUACUACGCCGGAGAAAUGGGACGGUAUAUCCAGAAGCUGGCAAACUAGAGGAUACGUCCGUCAGGUUGGUUUGGUCAUUAUUGACGAGAUUCACCUUCUUGCAGGCGAACGUGGCCCUAUCUUAGAAAUUAUUGUUUCAAGAAUGAACUACAUCGCAUCCCAGGCUAAGGGCACCGUUAGAUUGCUAGGCAUGUCUACUGCGUGUGCUAAUGCCAGAGACCUUGCAGACUGGCUGGGAGUGAAGAAGGGCCUGUACAACUUCAGGCAUUCCGUUCGCCCUGUACCUCUAGAGAUAUUCAUUGACGGGUUUCCAGAGCAGAGGGGGUUCUGCCCCCUAAUGCAGUCGAUGAAUAGGCCAACCUUCCUUGCAAUCAAGAAUCACUCGCCUGAUAAGCCCGUGAUUGUAUUUGUGGCGUCUCGGCGACAGACACGCCUCACGGCAAAGGACCUGAUCAACUACUGUGGAAUGGAGGAUGACCCUCGAAGAUUUGUUCAUAUGUCUGAAGAAGACUUAGAGCUGAAUAUAUCGCGAGUCAAAGAUGCGGCGUUGCAGGAAGCAUUGAGCUUCGGAAUUGGCCUUCACCAUGCAGGUCUUGUUGAAUCGGAUCGACAGCUGGCUGAAGAGCUUUUUGCCAACAACAAGAUCCAAAUACUGAUUGCAACAAGUACGCUUGCAUGGGGUGUCAAUUUGCCAGCUCACCUAGUUGUGGUGAAGGGCACACAAUUUUUCGACGCAAAAGCCGAGGGCUACAAGGACAUGGAUCUCACGGAUGUGCUACAAAUGCUUGGACGUGCAGGUCGCCCGCAGUUCGACACUUCUGGUAUUGCCCGUAUUUUUACUCAGGAUGCAAAGAAAGCAUUUUACAAACACUUUCUUCACACUGGAUUUCCCGUGGAAUCAACGUUGCACAAAGUUUUAGACGACCAUUUGGGCGCCGAAGUCAGUUCUGGUACCAUAACUACCAAGCAAGACGCUUUAGAUUACUUGACGUGGACGUUCUUUUUCCGAAGGCUUCAUAAGAACCCGUCAUACUAUGGACUUGAGAUUUCCACAGAGGAGCACAAUUCCGCUGCAGCUAGAGAUAUAGUUUCUGAGUUCAUGAUUGAACUGGUUGACAAAUCCCUUGGUGCGCUCGCCGAAUCUUCUUGUGUUUUAUUCGAUACUGCUACGGGAUUCAUUGAUCCAACCCCUUAUGGCAAGAUCAUGAGUUACUACUACAUUUCACACAAGACUGUCCGAUACUGGAUGACACACGCCAAACCUGAUCCCUCGUUUGCCGAUGCGCUUGGAUGGAUGUGUUCUGCGACAGAGUUUGAUGAACUCCCUGUCCGGCAUAAUGAGGAUUUAGUGAAUGCGGAGCUUGCAAAGAACUUACCACUUCCUACCACAGCAAUCAGCGACCAUUUGCCGCUUUGGGAUCCCCAUAUCAAGGCAUUCCUUUUGAUCCAAGCGUUUAUGUCUCGUGUUGACCUCCCCAUCUCCGAUUACGUUGGAGACCAGACAUCAGUCCUCGACCAAGGUAUUCGUGUUAUUCAGGCUUGUAUAGAUGUUCUUGCAGAGUUAGGCUACCCUAAAGCUUGCGCGAUGAUGAUGACGCUGCUUCAAUGCAUCAAAUCAGCACGUUGGCCAACUGACCACCCGUUGUCAAUAUUGCCUGGAAUCGAACCAGAAAGCGUGGCAGAUGGCAGUAUCGACGCUAGCAAACUCCCAGCCUCUCUUACAAAAUUGGUCGCUAUGCCAAAACACGCGAUAUCUCGCAUGCUAGACACCUUAUGUCUAGGCCAGCCCAUUGCUUCACAGUUCUCGAAGGCCGUGCCUUUACUCCCUAAUAUUGAUGUAUCAGUCGCAGAUUUGACAGUUGACGGCCUAACAGUAGUUUUGCGAAGGAAAUCAAAGGAACCAGACAGCCAGAGACAGUCACGCUCACAAGGAACAGACGGGUACAAAAUCUAUGCGCCGUAUUUUCCUAAGCCACAAACCGAAGGAUGGUUCGUUCUCGUGACGACAGCCAAGGACCAGAAUAAAGAAAGAGAGGAGCUUUUAGCCUUGAAGCGUGUUUCGCUCUCACCACCAACUUCGGGAGCCCGAGGCGGUGGUCCCCAUGGCAAAUUAAACGGAGAUGCUUCUACAAGAACAAAGAUCCAUUUCUCAGGGGAAAUUGGGUUUUCAAGCAUGGAUGAGGUUAAGGGUAAGGUGACGAUUAGGAUCAUCAGUGACGCCUAUAUCGGGAUGGAGUGGAUGGUUGUUGGCUAG